GAUCAAAAGGAAAGCCAAGUUAAAAGAUAGAGUGGAUAUAAGAUACAAGCAUGGGGAGUCACCAGAGGUGGUGGGAGCGGGAUAAAAAAAAAAAACCUUUGAUGACAUUGGACCAUAGAUGUGUGUGUGAGAAGCGCGAAAGCAUUCAAUCCCCUGAGGAGGGCUAUUAUUGGGACCAGGGCAUCCUCUCCCACACUCUCAUUCACUGUUGACCCUCUCCUGGAUGUCACAAUGAACCCAGAGACCCAGUAUGAGGAUGCUGUGUCCAUUAUGGUUCUGGAGAACAUUAAAAACAAGCUUCUCCAUGCUUUCAGGACGACUGCGGUGCCAAGAGUGUCCUCAGAAAGCGGUAUGGCUAUGGUCAGUGUCGGCAGGAGUUUCCAAGCUAACGAAGAGCUGCGCAGAGCCAAGAUAGAUGGAGCAAUCAGUUGGUUACGAUCUGAACUGCUGGAGAUGCGCUCACAGGACAGGCAGCUGGCUCACACUCUGCUCGCUCUCAACACGGAGAUUCAGAGACUGAGGAGGGAGACUGGGCAACUUCUACUGGACCCCAAAAGCCAUGAACAGCCCUGACCUCCAUGUGAAAAACUACAGACUUCCAUCAGCUUUUGUUAUGGGAGUGAAGGCAGGUUGCUCAAAUUCUUAAUGCCAAAAUUUGUGUUGUUUACUCUUAAAAAGUAUAAAUGUGAUGCUUAUUUUCUGCAUAUUACAGUGCUGUCACAUGUGAAAAAAGAAAAGGAAACAAAAAACAUUUUUGUUAACUGUGAAAUGAAAAACCUGACAGACUUUAUGUUGAAUAUUGAAUGGGAUCCUUAAUGCUGAGGACACUCUCAUUGGUUUGGAAGUGUUGCAGGAGUGUUUGCAAGUCAGCAUGCUGGCCUCACACACAGCUGGGAGUCUUUAAGGUCAGUAGUUACCAUUAAGGAGAGUCAUUUUUGAAUGUCAGUUCAAAUGAUUAAUUGGGCUCCCUGAUAAAAACUUUACUUUACGAUAAUGCAAGCUAUUGGCUAGUCUGAUGACAUUUUAAGCAUGAAAUGUAGAGAACAGCAUGUUAAUAAAGCAUGCUAGUUUGUAUAUCAAUAAUACUGAAUAAAAUACAUUUCUAUUCCA